GUUAGAGGAACAAACCAAGGCCCAAAUUCGUAAAACGCAAGCUAUCGGUGCCGCUGGACUUUCUACAUUUAAGCGCUGGUCGCUUGCUUCUGAACCUCGCAAUUCCAACCGGAAGAAUUCCCCUUCCUCGCCGGAGCCGCCGGUGGGUCUCCUGCACCCGCUUCCCAAUAAGAUGAAGCGGGGCUUUAAUUUUUCUCCUCCUGUGGCUGUCGUCGUCUCGGCAAUCUCCUUGAUCUACUUCUCCACAAUCUUCAUCUUCAUCGAACGGUGGUUCGGCCUCACGUCGUCGCCCGGAAUUAUGAACGCCGUCGUUUUCACCGCCGUGGCCCUCAUGUGCACCAUCAACUACGCCCUCGCUAUCUUUACAGAUCCGGGUCGGGUCCCUUCGACAUAUAUGCCUGACAUUGAGGACUCCGGAAGCCCUAUUCAUGAGAUCAAGCGUAAGGGAGGUGACCUGAGAUACUGCCAAAAGUGUGCUCAAUAUAAGCCUCCUCGUGCACAUCAUUGCCGAGUUUGCAAAAGAUGCAUUUUGCGAAUGGACCACCAUUGCAUUUGGAUAAAUAACUGCGUUGGCCAUGAAAACUAUAAGGUGUUCUUCGUGUUUGUCGUGUAUGCUGUAGUCGCAUGUAUCUACUCCCUGGUAUUACUCAUUGGAAGUCUUACAAUUGAUCCUCCUAAGGAUGAGCAGGAAGUUGGGGGCUCUUUUAGGACUGUAUAUGUUGUUUCUGGUCUGUUGCUAUUCCCUUUAUGUAUGGCUUUAAGUGUUCUUUUAGGUUGGCACAUUUACCUAAUUUCACACAACAAGACUACAAUAGAGUAUCAUGAAGGAGUAAGAGCCAUGUGGCUCGCGGAGAAAGGUGGGAAUAUGUAUUCCCAUCCAUAUGAUCUUGGCGCCUUUGAGAAUCUUACCACGAUUCUUGGUCCAAAUCUAUUGAGCUGGAUAUGUCCCACAUCACGACAUAAAGGCUCUGGUCUUCGAUUCCGUACAGCCUAUGACAAAUCUAGUAGUGCAUCAAUGUGAAGAAGGAAGUUUCAUCCCCCAUUGUUUUAGAAGAACAAGAUAAGCUCCUCUCAAUUACCAUCUAAGGAUUCAUAAUUACUGAGCUCUUCAGCAGAGUGGUGGUGUUUUGUAGAACCCAAAUCUCAGACAGCAUUCUAACUGUUCACUGCCAUGACACGUCGGAGAGUUACUGAGGUUGUCUGUCACAACCUUUUCCUUGUCGACAUCGAGAGCUCAGCUAAUCCGUUCCGGGUAUGAUUUAUCCUUUCCUGUUGGCAUUUCAGAAAACCCAUUGAUGUUAGGGUAUGCAGAACAAUGAAGUUUAUAGGUUAACGUAGAAAAGAGAGAUCACAGACGAAGCCAGUUCUUUUUUCCUUUUUGUUUUAUGUACAUGAGUUCUUUCACCACGCUAACAAAUUGUUUUCUGUAGUUGUAGCUCUGUAACUUGUAACAAAAAAUGGAGGUAAAUUGCAAUUAAGAUAAAAUGUAAUCUUUUUUUUUCCCUUCUUAA